AUGAUUGCACAUUAUCCACCAACCCCUAUAAAAGCUGCAAAAUUUCAUUUUAUGCACAUUAUCAGCUUGAAUUUCGCUAAGAGAAGAUCGUCCAAUAUGAAGUUUUACGUUAUUUUAGUUGUGCUUUUCGGAGUUUUGGCUUUAGUGUCGUCUCAAAAUGAUGGACAGGUGUAUUGUGGUAGACGUCUUUCAAUGGCUUUGGAUUUGUUUUGCAAUGAUAGUUUAUUUAGAAGAUCUGUACGAAAUAAUCAAGGUAUUUCCGGGUGGCCGUGGAUCACUUCCGGCCGAGCUUAUAAGCUGAAUAGAUUCAAGAGGAAUGGCAUAGUCGCUGAGUGCUGCGAGAAACCUUGCACUAUAAAUGAACUGCUAAGCUAUUGUGCACCAAAUUCA